GCAUGGUAGAUCUUCAUGAACAAGUCUGGGUACGCCCCCGCGAACAAUGCCCCCGUCUCGGAUAACAACGGGUCAGUGAGGGAAAAGCAUCGGACCCGCCUGCUCGACAACACUUUCGUUGAGGGAAUGCAAGAACAGGAUUCGCGACAACUUGCGCCCAGUUCAGAGCAGGAUAACUUUAGGAGGGAGAACAUGCAAAACCCCGCGGAAGGCAUGGCGAUGCAGCCCCACAGCUACGAGCGACUGAAAGAUUCGAGGGAUGCCAACAAUGCGGUGCGGUUUGUCCCAAUUCCGCCACCUCGGGACCACGUUCUCUGGUCUCUGUUCAACUUAUUCUACAUGAACGCGUUUUGCCUUGGAUUUGUGGCCCUUUACUUCUCAAUAAAGUCCAGAGACCGGAAAGUGGUCGGCGACAUGGAAGGGGCGCGAGAAUACGGGUCCACCGCGCGCUGCCUCAACAUCGUGGCGCUCUGUCUCUCCCUGCUGUUCUUCCUCAUCAUUAUCAUCAUGCUUGCUGUCAGCGCUUACGCCCUGAAACAAACCGUGUCAGAUAUGUUGAACAGGGGUUAACGGACAUAAUUUGGUCAUAAGAUGCUUCGUUCCGUUUCGUUAAUUACCUUUUUCCUUUGCAUUGUAACACUGCUACCUAUUUCUAUUUUCCUAUGCACUUGUCUUGGUGACAUAAAAAAAUAUAUAUAUAUAUAUAAAACAUAUUGGUUAAUAUUCUUUGCUAUUAUUGAGAUACACAUUUUCAUAUAAUGUUACUGUUUAAACCAAGAUGGCCAAUGUGUACAAUAUUUUUCUAAGAUAUUAAAGUGUUGUAGAAAAA